UCAGGGGAGUUUCCUUAGGAAAAAAAUAUAAAAAUAAAGAGAUCAAAUUGUGCCAGCCCUGCUUAAUUAGAUGGCAGACUUUAGAAGGAAAGGGAAUGUCUUUGCCUGGGUGUGCCUUCACUUUUGAGCUCAAAUAAAGGCUUAAUUAACGUCACUGCAGUGCAGUUUAUUACCACUUUGAUAAUGACAGGCUGGAAGGUUUCAAAACAAAAAGGAGGGAAAAAAAAGGAAAACAAAAAUAAAUAAAAAUCCUGAUUUUUAAGACAAAAAAAUUUCUAACCCUCAGCUUUUCAGUCUUGAACAGAGGACAGGUAAAAAAAAUUCCAUGGGUGUUGGUUCAGCUGCCCAGAAAGGAGCAUCCCAAGGAAGGAACAGAGCCAGGAGGGAAUUGUUUCUUGGAUGUCCUUGGAGGCUGCAGCUGCCUCUACGUGCUCAGCAUUCACCUCUGCUGGGAAGGGAGAAAAUGCCACCAAUCCCCCAUUGUUCUCCCCUGCAGGAAUGAUUUACCUCAUCCCCAUGUGCGAGGCAAAUCCCGUGCAGGGUGGGAAGCUCUCCUGGAUUGUGGGGAUGUUAUUUCCAGCCCCAGGAGCUGCUCUGGCUCAGCUGUUCGGGUGUCCCUGCAGCUCCUGAGCCUCACUGCCAGAGCAGCAGGGCAAGGAGCCACUCCUGGGCUCCUUUCUCUUGAAUUCAGCCUCUGCUGGAUGACUCUGCACGCUCAGCUCAGCUCAGCUGCAAUAACAUCACUGCCCAUCCCUCAUGGGCAUCCUGCUCUGCUCCCACCCAGCUUUGGGGCUGUGCCCCCAUGGGCAUUAGGAGAAGUUUUCUUCAUUUCUUUUCCUCAACUGGAUCAAAAUCCACCCCCAAAAACCCCAAAGAUGACCCCAUGUCUGUAAUAAAGCUGUGUCGCUUUUCUCUGUUGAAGGUAAAGUCUGAUUUACAGCCCUGGGUUGUGUUUAAUUCCAAUAAUGAAAUUUUAAAAAUUUAGAUAGGAAAACAAAGGGGUCUAAAACAAAAAAAUCUCUGUGUAUCUAUAUCUAUAUAUCUAUAUCUAUAUAUAUCUAUAUAUAUAUCUCAUACUACAGUAGCAGAAGCAGAAAGUUGAGGAAAAGGAUUAUUAAAAAAAAAUGUAUCGUUGCUUAAUUACGUACGUAAGGUGUUGUAUGUCACCUAAUAAACAUUUCCUGUUGCUGCACACGGAAUUCCCAUUUUCCAGUCCCACAAAUCAACUCCAAUCCUGUUUGGAGAACUGUGGGGUAGGAGUGAGGGGGAGUUGGGGUUUUAUUUGUCUCCCUGUUUUGUUUUUUUUUAAGGAAACAUUAACUUGAACACACGUAUGAAUUGAAUGUCAUGAGGCUGCCAGGAGAAAAACUCCCAGAAAAUGAAAAUUUUACCCCUGGGCUGCUAAACCUGUGCAGGUGGCAAAGCCUCAGCUGUUCUCUAAAAGCUCCUUGCCCUGUGCCAGAAAGCCUCACUCCUUUUGCCAUUCACUUUGGAGAAUGAAUAAAUUUAGGCAAAUCAGGAGCAGGACAAAUCUGGAGAAAUUACAAAGGGGAGGAGUUCACCUUCCUGCUAUGGCUUUCAGGUCUGUCCUGGACUACUUACUCCAGUAUAAAACUGAGAGCAGAAAUAUGAUCACAUCCCGAGGAGUCUAAUCAAUUCUGGUUUCAACACUGAGCCUAUUUAAAAUAGAGAAUGGAAUUGCUGCUCCUUGCUCUGUUCUGCCUGCACAUUCUCAAGACAGAGGCAGUGGUGGGCCACUGGUGCUAUCGGUCCCAGAAGUGUGAGCAGCCACAGUGUGAAGAUCCUCUCCGGUGGCAUCUGAUAAACAAGGAGUGCAAAGGGGACAGACAGUCCCCUGUCAACAUCGUCACCCGAAAUGUGGUUCAUGACAAGAGGCUCAAGCCCCUGACUUUUGAAGGGUAUGAUGUGAAGGGCUCUGCCAAGUGGAAGGUGGCAAACAAUGGCCACACAGUUAAAGUGACACUAGAUGCAUCCCCUAAAGUCGCAGGAGGAGGCCUGGGGAGAAAAUACAAGGCAAUAGAAUUCCAUUUGCACUGGGGAGUCCCAGAUGAGCCACAAAGCAUCCCUGGCUCAGAGCACAGCAUAGAUGGAGAGAAAUACCCCAUGGAGCUUCACGUCGUCCACAUAAGAGACGAUGUUCCAGAUGUGACAGAAGCCAAGAAAACUACAGAUGGAAUUGCUGUGUUGGCCUUCUUCGUAAAGGCUGACAAAGAAAAUAAAAACUACGCAACUCUAUUGAAUGAAUUAGAGAAUAUUAAAUACAAAGGGCAAGAAGCACAGGUGGAUCCUUUGCCACUGAGUUCUCUUCUCCCACCUGAGGAAGACCUUGGGAGGUACUAUCGCUACGAGGGGUCCCUCACCAGCCCUGAUUGCUACGAGGGCGUCACCUGGACGAUAUUUGAGCAGCCAGUUGAGCUCAGCCUGUCCCAGCUUUCCCAGUUCACAGCGCUGCACUUUGAUGGGAAUAACUCCACUCCCAUGAUGGAGAAUUUCCGGCCCGUGCAGCCCCUGAACGACCGAAAGGUGCUCUGGUCGGGCGCCAGCAUCGCCCUGCCCACGGCAAAGCUGCUGCUGCUGCUGCCCCUGGCUCUGACCUGCACCCUCAGCUCUCUGGCCCCCUGAACCUCCCCCACCACAUUCAACAUCCUGCCCCUUAUUUCUUGUUACUUUUGCUGUUCUUUGUCUCAGCCUCUCAUGAAUUGCGUCCCAAUGCAGAAUAGCCUUGUCCUCCUCCAGACAUUAACCAAGGACUUCUGUGCUGCUCUGGCGAAACCCAAACCACCAGAACCCAAAAGAACUGGGUGAUAAAGCGAUGGAAAUUAAAUUUUAAAAGCCAAUGCACUUAGAGAAAGCGUUAGUCUGGAUUAUCUUGUAGCUUUAAGGCAGCACUGGAAGGAGCUGCACAGCGAACCUUGGAGAGGAAUCUGUUCUUAAGUGCCUGUGAAGGGGCUGUUUUGGAGCAUGUUUACAUUCAACACUGCAAAGCUGGCAGUGAAGUUGGAGUAAUUCCUACAAUCCCACACUGUCCUACCCAAAGGUACAACACAGAGCAAAGAUAAAAUGCUCACACACAACCCAGCAGCAUCUGGCUCAUCCCCUCCAGGGAAGGGCACUCACCCAACACAUAAAUCCUCCUCCUUCCUUCAGAAUAUCUCAGUUAAUUUCAGAUAAGGACACUGGAUUCCUUCCAGCCCAUCCCUGCUGGGGGCUAGCAGGUUCCUCUGUUAUUUAUUCAUCCUUCUCUGGGAUGCCAUGGUCAUUGUGAUGUGCUGGGAAGCAACAGGGAGCCUCAUCCCCACAGACCAGAGGCACAUCUGUGGAAAUUCCCUCUCUUUGGAGGGCUGCUUUUGAAGCAGGAGACUCUGAUGAUCCUUUGUAGUUAUUAUUUGCCUAAUAAAAUAGGACAGCUCAAGAAAUGGCGCUUUCUUAUAUAUAAAUAUAUAUAUAUAUAUAUAUAUUCCUUUUAUAUAAAUAAAUUUUUAUAGUAGCAUACCUGCAAUAUUCACAUACAGGCAAGAUUCAUAGUUUUUUCCAAGAAGAUUGUGGUUUGAACCUUCAGAUCUCACCCAAUUACUUAUAGAAAACACCUUGGGAAAUGGGGUUUCCUUAUAUUAUUCCAGUUCUCUCUCUGAAGAGGGACAUAACAUUUCUCUUUGGCUAAUGCUGUGUCACACGUUACAGCUUCUUUUAGGAUCUGAGAUUUUGGCCACACCAAAAUAGGAUUUCAUAUUAGCAGAUUUGUAUUUUUUUUCCUUUUAAGGGCAGUGUUUGCAGAGAUGACUUUAUAUAUUUUCAGGAAAAUCCUGGUGGUGAGAGCAACCACAGCUCACCAAAGGAGAGGUGAAAUUAUUUUCAUAUUAAUCAACCAGUAAAGCUUUAUAAAAACCCCCACAUGGGAAAACAAAUACACCUAUUUAAGUUUAAAGGAAAGAUUAAUACUUCAACUGUAUUUUUAUGUAACUGAAAAUCUUUGGAGGAGCAAACAGAAAUGAAAUAUUAAAGGUGAACAACAGAAUA